AUGUCGACCAAAGCAUAUAAAUCAACUCCAUCAUGCGCCAAAGUCUUGAUGCUACACGGUCAUGGCCAAUCUGGCCAUUUCUUCCGAUGCAAGACUCGAUUCCUGCAACCGAAGGCAAAACAAAUUGUGCUCAACGCUCUACAGCAGAAUCCAACCCAAGUCCCCGUUGAUGUCGUCGAGUUCCAUUAUCCUUCAGGGAAGCUGCCUGCAAACCCAGAUCAAUCCCGAGAAGAAAGCAACUUCAUGUGGGCAUGGGGAUACGGUAAUAUUGACGAAGAUCGUAUCCAGGGCCUUGAGAAGUCUAUUCAAAGUAUCUUCCAGUACAUGGACAAGUAUGGCCCUUUCAUUGGCGUCAUGGGAUUUUCGACAGGCGCGACCGUUGCUGCUAUCAUUACUUCGCUUUUGGAGAAGAGGAAGUCGCUUUGCAACAUCGAGUUUAACACCAGCCAUCCUCCCUUCAAGUUUGCGGUGUCCUUUUCCGGAUUUACACUUGCCAAUCCAUUCUAUGACCCAAUAUACAGCGAGAUUACCACGCCUUUUCUCCAUGUCAUAGGUAAACUGGACACGAUGAUUCAGCAAUACCAAUCUUCAAGACUCCAAGAAUGUUGCAAGAAUUCGUUCACGCACUACUUUUGGGGGGCACACUAUGUACCUCGCUCUGAGGAAUUUCUGGGAGCCUUAGGUAGAUUUUCCGAGGAGGUGUUGGCCCUUAAAGGGGAUACUAAAUGGCAACUUGAAAGUGAUCAGGAGGAGGCUUGGGAAGACUGUGAGGAUUGGGAGGAUUCGAAGGUACUUUAG